AACUUACAUUAUUUUAGUGCCAAUGUAAAAUGUCUUUUCUCGUUUUGAGAAGGUGGUGCCUUAUAGCUUUUAGGGCUCCUAGGGUUCCAGUUCCUGAUUUAUACCAUCGAACUACUUUCUGAACGAAUCGACUCAACACUAUCUGCCGGUCGUUAUGGUGUUUCUAUAUAGCUCGGGCUUAGUUGUCAGUAUUUGUAUUCUCCUGUCGGUGCUAGUGUUAUUCGAAUAUAGUUUUUCACAACCAAAUAAACUAACUUCAAAAGAAACCAUUGCAACAAUGGCUGCACCAAGUAAACAAUUGUUAUACGCCUGCAACUUUGAAGUCUUUGGACGAGUGCAAGGUGUUUUCUUUCGUAAGUACACAGAGAAACAGGCGAAAACCUUGGGUGUUCAUGGCUGGUGCAAGAAUACCAAUCAGGGUACUGUAAAGGGGCAGUUGGAGGCACCUUUGUCACAGAUAAAUGAAAUGAAGCACUGGCUCCAGAAUAAAGGCAGCCCCAAGUCCGUCAUUGAAAAAGCUGAAUUCUCGGAAGCCAAGGAGAUUUCUGCAUAUACGUUCGAUGAGUUCUCCAUAAAGCGUUAGUAUUCCGAUAUACAUGUACAUACUUAUGUUUUUUACGUACGUGCAAAGGAUCAAGAUUCUUAUACUGCAAAACAUUUAGAAGUUACAAAAAUGUAUCAUCCCCAAACUGUAAGAUUGUUUAUCAGCACGUAGAAUUUGUUUAUUUAUUUCAGUUACUUAAAUCUAUUAAUGAACAAGCGCGUAAAUUUUUUCUGCCGAAAAAAACUAUAUAACUACUCUUCAGCAAUCUUUUCGAAUAGCACGUUGGCAAAAAUUUUAUUUGAGGUCCAGGCCCCUAUUCCGUAGUCAUCAGAUUAUCCAAUAAAAACUAUCUAAGCUGUAAA